GUCACGUGUUAAUCGAGAAAUCGGUAUCCUUCGACGAUCAGUUUGGUUCACGGAUCAGCCUGGCAACUCUCGAACGCAGGAAAACUGUAAAUGCAUAGAAGCGUGAGGUGUCGUGGCUCGCGGGUGUAAUUCGUGCGGUGGUGUCUGUGAAAAGGGCCAACGAGAGGCCGCAACGGUGUGUUUUCGAGAUGAGCUAUGAAUUUGGGCUGCCUGGUAGCCACCGUCUUUGUGCUUCAGCUGCUCCAGCUGCCGUUCCACGUCGCGACGCUACCCUCUGUCGUCAAGAUUGGUGCUAUAUUCACUCAUGACCAAAAGGAUAGCAGUACGGAGCUGGCCUUCAAGUAUGCCGUGUACAAGAUCAACAAGGACAGGCUCAUCCUGCCGAAAACGACGCUGGAGUACGAUAUACAAUACGUACCGAAAGAUGACUCCUUCCACGCGUCGAAAAAGGCGUGUCAGCAGGUCAAAUACGGGGUGCAAGCGGUAUUCGGCCCGUCUGAUCCGAUCCUGGGCCAACACAUUCACAGCAUAUGCGACGCAUUGGACAUUCCACACCUGGAAGCCAGGCUGGACCUGGACCCGGAGGCGAAAGAGUUCAGCAUCAACCUUUAUCCCGCACAAAGUUUGCUCAACGCCGCUUAUCAGGACAUCAUGGAGUUUCUCAACUGGACCAAGGUCGCCAUCAUCUACGAGGAUGACUACGGGCUGGUGAAGCUACGAGAGCUCGUCAGGUCGCCGAAGUCUCGGGAGAUCGAGGUUAACCUCAGGCAGGCCGACCCGGAUUCCUAUCGGCUGGUUCUCUCCGAGAUGAAAAGCAAGGAAAUACGGAAUCUCAUCGUGGAUACCAGGCCGGAGCACAUGCAUCAUUUUCUGCGAAUGAUCCUGCAGCUGCAAAUGAACGACUACAAGUACCACUAUCUCUUCACGACUUUCGAUAUCGAGACCUUCGACCUCGAGGACUUCAAGUACAAUUUCGUCAAUAUCACUGCCUUCCGUCUGGUCGACGCCGAGGACGUCGGCGUGCGGGGUAUAUUGAGGGACAUGGAGCGGUACCAGCCAUCCGGAAAUAAGAUCCUCAACAAAUCGAGAGUCAUACAGGCGGAGCCAGCCCUGAUAUACGACAGCGUGCAAGUGUUUGCCGUGGGAUUAAGGACCCUGGAACAGUCGCACGCGUUAAGGCCCGCUAAUAUCUCGUGCGAGCAGGAGCACCCAUGGGACGGCGGACUGUCUCUCAUCAACUACAUAAACUCGGUCGAGAUGAAAGGCAUUUCCGGGCCCAUAGAGUUCAAAGAAGGCCGCAGAAUUCAAUUCAAGCUGGACCUGCUGAAGCUGAAGCAACACUCGCUCGUCAAGGUCGGCGAGUGGCGUCCAGGCGUGGGCGUCAACGUGACGGACACAGCGACCUUCUUCGAGCCAGGAUCCGCGAACGUCACUCUUCUCGUCAUUACGAUACUGGAAAUUCCGUACGUGAUGAUGCACUACGAAAAAAACUACACGGGGAACGCGCGGUUUUACGGUUUUUGCGUGGACCUUCUGGAGGCGGUGGCGAGGGAGGUCGGCUUCUCUUACCGAUUGGAGCUGGUACCGGACAGGAAGUACGGCGCGAAAGACCCGGAAACCGGGGAGUGGAACGGCAUCGUCAGAGAACUCAUGCGACAUGAGCAGCCGUACGUAAUGCUGAAGAGCAGAGGGAAUUUCAGCGGGAACGCACGUUACGAGGGCUUCUGCAUCGAUCUGCUCAAGAAGAUAGCUCACAUGGUGGGCUUCACCUACAGGAUCGAGCUCGUGCCCGAUGGCAAAUACGGCGUUUACGAUUACGAGACCGGAGAGUGGAACGGAAUAGUCCGCCAGCUGAUGGACAAGAAAGCGGACCUGGCGGUCGGCUCGAUGACCAUCAAUUACGCCCGCGAGAGCGUGAUCGACUUCACCAAGCCGUUCAUGAACCUCGGCAUCUCGAUCCUCUUCAAGGUACCGACCAGUCACCCAGCUCGCCUCUUCUCUUUCAUGAACCCGCUGGCCAUCGAGAUUUGGCUUUACGUCCUGGCGGCGUACGUCCUGGUCUCGGUGACGAUGUUCGUGGUAGCUAGAUUCAGUCCGUACGAAUGGAAUAAUCCGUACCCCUGUCAUGCGGGCUCCGAGGUUGUCGAGAACCAAUUCUCGCUGGCCAACAGCUUCUGGUUCACCAUCGGCACUCUGAUGCAACAGGGCAGUGAUCUGAACCCCAAGGCAACCAGCACGAGAAUAGUGGGCGGAAUAUGGUGGUUCUUCACGCUGAUAAUCAUCUCGUCGUACACGGCGAAUCUGGCGGCGUUCCUCACGGUCGAGAGGAUGAUAACGCCGAUCGAGAACGCGGAGGAUCUCGCCGGGCAGACGGACAUCGCUUACGGGACCCUGGACAGCGGGAGCACCAUGACCUUCUUCAGGGACUCGAUGAUCGAGACGUACAAGAAAAUGUGGCGGUUCAUGGAGAACAAAAAGCCGUCUGUGUUUGUGCCCACCUACGAGGAGGGUAUCCAGAGGGUGCUCCAAGGCGAUUACGCGUUCCUCAUGGAGUCGACCAUGCUCGAUUACAUCGUGCAGAGGGAUUGCAAUCUCACUCAGAUCGGCGGACUUCUCGAUAGCAAGGGCUACGGGAUCGCCACCCCCAUGGGCUCUCCUUGGCGCGACAAGAUAUCCCUGGCGAUUCUCGAGCUGCAGGAGAAGGGCGAGAUCCAAAUACUGUACGAUAAAUGGUGGAAAAGUCCCGGCGACACUUGCAUGAGAACCGAGAAGGGCAAGGAGAGCAAGGCAAACUCUUUGGGUGUUGCCAAUAUAGGCGGAGUGUUCGUCGUUUUGAUGUGCGGGCUAGCGUUCGCCGUGCUGAUCGCGAUUUUCGAGUUCUGUUACAAUUCGAGGAGAAACACGCCGGCGGAACGGAGAGCUACAGCAUCGACGCCGGACUGCUCGGGUUCUCUGCAAGGGAUCUCUCAGUCCGUGCAACAGCAACAACAGCAACAGCAGCCGUCACAGCAGCAGCAACAGCAGCAGCAGGAGUCCCUGUGCUCGGAAAUGGCGCGGGAACUGUGCCGCGCGUUGCGCUGCCACGCGUCGUCGCGACGCCGACGCGCCUGCGAGAAAUGCUCGACCCACGUGCUCGGCUAUCCGCCGGACAACCCCACUGCCACCCCCCUCAACGGGAUGAGAUCCCAGAGAAGCAGCCUGGGUGUUCCCACAGUCGAACUGCCGCCACACAUCCUCAUGCAUCAUCAUGCACCACCGCCGCAACCGCCUCACGACUACGACGGGAACUAGCCACGACUAUCUUCACACCUUUGUGAUCACUUAGACGUAAAGCAGCGAAGUAAAGAUAAGGACGGAAAACUAAGAUUAAAAGAAAAAACGAAAAAAAACAAAGAAAAAAUACAAAGACAGAGAAGCAAGUACAAAACGCAUC